AGCAAGGAGGCCCGGGGUCUGGGUGUCCUGCGGCCCCCCCGAGUCGGGCGGCCGGUGCAGACAGACUCCCGUCGGAAACCGUGGCUUCGGCCAUCGGUUGUGUAUUGUCCGUCUUACCUUUACUUAGUGAAUACCAACCGUUCUUCACACCCAGGUUAAGGGGCAACAGAGCAGGUAGACAGCAGUGCGGGGGGCUGGGGUUGGGGCGGGGCGAAGUGGAGGAAAGUGGAGAGACGGCUCUCCAAACCAAGGCUCAACUCGGAGAAAACAGUGACGCGGCCUCCUGGUUCCCAGCAGAGGCAACCCCCAUGUGACUGCCCAGAAGAUUGUUUACCUGUAUCUGGCCUCCGCUUUACUCCUACCUGUGCCCGCCUAGGUCGGGAAGGAGUCUGGAAGGUUUGGCACAGGAAGGAAAGAGGAGCGACCUGUGGGAGGCUGAGUGGCUGAGUAGGUCAGGCGUUGCUGGUGAGAGUGAGGUUUGCUGAGGCCUGGGAACAGGCCAGAACCACAGCGAUGACUUUGUCCAGGUGAACCCCCUGAAGAAGGUGCCAGCCCUGAAAGAUGGGGAUUUCACCUUGGCUGAGAGUGUGGCCAUCCUGCUGUAUCUGGCCCGCAAGUACGAGGCCCCUGACCACUGGUACCCCCAGGACCUGCAGGCCCGAGCCCGUGUGGACGAGUACCUGUCGUGGCAGCACACAGCCCUCCGGAUGAGCUGCACCCGGGCCAUGUGGCAGAAGAUGAUGUUCCCCAUAUUCCUGGGCCAACGCGUGCCCCCUGAGACACUGGCGAACACUCUGGCCGAGCUGGACAGGUGCCUGCAACUGCUUGAGGACAAGUUCCUGAAGGACCAGGACUUCCUGGCCGGGCCCCACAUCUCAGUGGCGGACUUGGUGGCCAUCACAGAGCUGAUGCAUCCUGUCAGCGCCGGUUGUGACAUCUUCAGAAGCCGGCCUAAGCUGGCCGCGUGGCGCCAGCGCGUGGAAGCUGCGGUGGGGGAGGACCUCUUCCGAGAGGCCCAUGCGGUCCUCAUGAAGGCCAAGGACCUGCCUCCAGCAGACACUGCCGUGAAGGAGAGGCUGAAGCCCUUAGCGCAGCUGUUCUUGUAGUGAGUCCCGGCCAGCCUGCCACGGCACUCUAAGAAGUGGUGCUCCCUCCCCUCGGCUGUGGGCCAAAACACGGCUCCCCGCUCAGAGUCCGGGCCACAGUGCUCUCCAAACGCCAGUCCUGCAUGACUUCCUCCUCUGCCCACUAACUUCACCCUUACCCCUUGCACGCUGACUUCCAUGUGAACUCUGGAAAGAGCUCUAGUAAACACAAAAGUGACCCUG